CGUUCAGUCUUAUUUUUUUUACAUUUAAUCUUUAAAUGUUCUUUCAAAUACUUUUUUCGAUUAUUUUAGGAAUUAAAUGGAUUAUUUGAAUCAUUUGGAGUACCUGCCGAGAAGAGUCCAACAUCAACAGAGGUUGAUAUUCCUGAAGAUCUGAGCCAGGAGUUUGAAGUCAGUGACAGUGACCAAGAACAGUCUGACACAGAACAGGUAGUGAAUGAAAGGAUUGAAGAAGUGAUUAGAAAUUAUGACACUGUAAAUUCCAGGGAAAUCAGACUCAGACAGAGACACUGAUGACGCAUCAUGUAACAGAGCCUGUAAUGUUUGUACGUAUAAAGUUGAUUGCCUUCUCUAGUUUGACAAAGCUAGUGUUGACAGUCACAUACUUUCUAUGAGAGAGAUUGACAGAAAUGAAGCAGAGAUGUUCAUUACUGGGAGUGUACAUCAAAUUGCUACUGACGAAACUCUUAAAGGGAAACGCCGGAAACGGACUCGUUUUAGAUACACAUUUCAUGGUAAACCUAUCUGUAAGAAGGCAUUCAUGUAUGUAAAUGAUAUCGGAUCAAAAGCUCUCCGAAACCUACUUGAUCACUUUACUACCAAUGGCGCAAUACCACGUACCCACGGAAACAGUGGAAGAAAACCACACCAUGCCCUCGGUUACAAUGAGAUACGGUUUUGUGUAGACUGGAUUUUAUGGUAUGCUGAUAUCAAUGGUUUACCUAUGCCAGCAGCACCCAGGGGCCGUGACGGGGAAGUCCCUAUUCUUCUCCCGUCGAACCUUACAAAAGCUUCUCUACACAGUCAAUAUUGUCAGGCAUGUGAGGAGUCAGAUGUACGGAAGCUCGGAAUGUCAUCAUUCAAAAAUGUAUGGAAAAAUUGCAUUCCACACAUAAAGAUAAUGUCACCAAAAGAUGACGUGUGUCAUACGUGUGAGCAGUUGCGACAUAGUGUUAUGGAUGCUGUGACGGAGCAAGCAAAACUUGAUGCAGCAAAUUGUCUCCGGGAGCAUGUGCAGGAUGCUCAAACAGAACGUCAGGCGUACAUGACAGCGGUUAUUCAAGCGAGAGAAGAGAUGGUAGGUUUCACCCGACCGACAAUACCCGUUGCACCAAUUUCCACAGAGUUCAGCAGGAAAAUAAAUAUGUUAGGUAUCCGCAUUGACUCUACAAGUGAGCAGUUCAACUACUUAAUAGAUGAAGACCAGUCUAUAGGUAUGUUAACUAUUAACCAAAUUUACUUAGAAACGUAUAUCAUGGCAGAAUAG